AACAUCAUUUCCAGGUUUACUGCUCGUGGAAGUCGAAAAUAUCUCGCCUUCCCGAAAAAAAGCACCACCGAGUGCUUGUGAAAGCGAGCUCCAUUUCGUCCUUGCAAAUAAUUACUAUCGACCAUUGCACAGUACCGCAGAGCUACGCGCCAUCACAAUGGUAUAUUAUUGCACUUGGAGGACGGGAAGAAACGAAUGAAACGGCACGCUAUUCGUAACGACGACUCGGAGGGCGUCGCUAGCGGUGCGAGCAGUCAUUGCCACCGGCCGGCGGGCAAACAGUUGUUUGUGGCGACAGGAGCCAGGCAGGCAGCAUCUCGCUCCCGAGGAACGCCACGCCGUCGAGGAAGCCCAGGGUCAAUUCACGUCUUGAAUUGACAGAUGGCGGAGAACGGCAGCGAUAGCAGUGACACGGAUGAGUUCAUUCGCAGUGUCCGCCGCAGCAGCAGUGCAGCCAACGCCCUGGAUGAUGAUUUCAGUGACAAUGAGGAUGAUGGUGAUGACAGCCUCGGUUCGGACCUGGACGAUAUCGUGCUGAGCGAUCAUGACAAUGUGCUGUCGGGUGAUGGUGGCACGGCAUACUCACUGGCAGACGUCACUGACUACGCACCGCCUGGUGGUGUGGCGACUGCUGGCCGUAACACGGGUGCGUACGGCGAUGCCACGCGUGCUGACAGCAUCAGCGGCGUUGUGGCUGGUGCUGAUGCUGGUGCGCAUGUCGCUAGUGCUACAGGCAGUUUCCUGGAUAGUGAUGCUAGCCGCGGUGUGGAUCGGUCACUGCUUGCCUACACUCUAGGUGUUGAUGAGCAACCAACGGCAUCAUCGUAUCCCCUGACGACGGGUGCAUCUGAAAGGAUUGGCAAGCACUGGCCACAUGAUCCUGCUACAGCAUUCCAGCAUGGGACGGUUGAUACGCACAUGGCCGGUUUCGAGGAGCAAUCGCCCCAAACGGCCAGCCGUGCAAUGCACUCAAGCAGCCUGCAGCCAUCCACAUCUCCUCUAUCACGAUCAUCAGUAGGGGUGGCCGGCGAGAAACAUUCCGGUAUUGAUCUCGGGGACAGGUCUUUGCCAGCUAUGCAUAUCACUAGUGACCGCCGGUCUGCACAACACCAAUACCUUAGCUCAGCCUCUCAACCCGCAGACAGGAGAACAACACCACAUCGUCGUUCCGACACUGCACCACCUCCACAACUUCUCCACUCAACGCCGCUUACAGGCACGACCGAGCCUCCGUCUGCGCUGACAACGGACCUAUCAUUACCCUCGACCAUGGGCGAUGACGCCGCCGAUGAUGCUUCAUCGCAGGAGUUUGUCAGUCGCGUGUCCUUCCACGAGUCCUCACCCAGUCCGCGAGAGCGGCUGGAGAGGCUGAAGCAGGACGUACAGCAGCAGCAGCAGCGACGCACCCCUUCACCGUCCGCGUCAGCAGUAGCUGGCCACAACAGGCCCUACCAGCACAGUGCAAUCCCAAUCCCCGUGUCGGAACAUGUCACAGUCCGCGACCGUACUCGCGCUGCUUGGCAGGCCACACCUGCCCGCACACCGCCAUCGCUCAGCGACGCGCAGGAAUCGUCUGUGUCGUCGCCACGACAAUCCCACAUCGCCGGCAGCAAUGCAGGUGCGACCUCCCACGGCGGCUCCUUCCUACACCCGAAUGAUAUCAUAGUGAUGUCAUCGUCAUUGUCAUCGGCUGGGGCAAGUCCUGUGCAUAUGUCAUCGCUGACAAGGUCUCCUGUACAUGGAGAGACAGUCCGUUCCAGCAGCACAUCUUACUCAGUGCUGGUACACGAUCAAGACGAGGGAAUGGCCGCUUACGUCGGGUCACCAAGCAGAGGAGAAGAUAGCCAAGCCAGUCAGUACAGUGAGAGUAUGGACACAUCCGGUGGAUACAGCUACGCCAAGAUCGAGGCGGUAGACAGGCUAGCACCACAAACGGAGCGGCAAAGUCGGCACGAUCUGCCGUUUCGGCAUCAUCGCCAUGAUUACCGUCACCAUGGCAAAGCUGGCAGUGACGGUCGCAUUGAUGAUGUCGGCGCACGUCCGGACACAGGACGACGGUGGGGCGGAUGUUCGGACUCCUUUGCAACUGCUGGUGCUGCUGCUGUCACCACAGCUGUCACUGACCCGUUACCACGCCGAUUCCCCAGGCACGGACCACAGUAUGACGUCAUCAGCAGUCACAUGACACAAAGCAGGUCACAUGAUGAUGAUGAUGACGACGAUGAUGAUUCAUUAGAACUGACCUUUGGUAACCGGCCCGCUGUUACGGUGGUGUCCAAUGUACUGUCCCUACCCUAUCGCUCGCCCCAGGCUGUUCGGUCUGUGGGCUUCUCCACGGCAUCAGUAGGCGCCGUGGCCACCACCACGUCACUACCAGCUAGCACACAACCAGUAGCCAUUGGAACAGACCAGAAUCAUACUGAUAAGGCAUGCAUAUAUGUGGAAGAUGGGCGAAGACGCUCACCCCGUGCAAACGCCGAUCAUCAUCAGUGGGUCCCGACCGAGCAGGACAUCCGACACAGCGUCGCCUCGGUGCUCGAGCGAGUUCGAUCUCGCUCUCACAGCCCCGCCGCUAAAGACUCCCUCUCCUCCGCGUCCUCGUCCCUGGCAGACAUGAGCAGUAAAGCGGCCAUCCAGAGGCGGCACGUGUCGGCCAGACAGCUCUCCGUGGCCCGUCAGAAGUACGCGCUGACUUCGAAGAGCGAGUCAACGCUGGCACAGCUCGUGUCGUCGCAGCAGGCCAGCAGACUGCGACCGUCCCUACUCCCGUCCAGCUCGUCGCAGCCGUCGCUCAGCUCCGAUUGGUCGUCGCAGGAGCGCGAGGAGUUUGGCGGCGGCGGUUUGAGCAGCGGCUACGCGUCCACCGAGCACCCGUGGGCAACUCCCACACCACCGCCGGUUACCACGCCAACAGGGUAUACACGAAAACUGACGCGGUUAUCGCCUCUGGCGGCAAUCGAGCAGGAGUCACUCUCGCCGCUAGCCCCAUCGCCAGAGCCAGGAAGCAGCCAGGCGGACAGAGUGAACACUGCUUGCUCACCAGGAGUAGCUCCGGCGGCAUCGCUGGCUCAUCAAGACGACAUGCUAGCUUCGGUGGAGAUGGUGGGUUAUGAUGACAGUGGGUACACGGGAGCGCGAGAUGGUCAACAGGUGAACCAUACUACUGCUGGAGUGUCACCUGUUUCCGACAUGCAGAUUUCAACCAGUGAUAUGGCCAAUACUGAUAUGCCUGACACUAGCGACGAAAACACAACACAGCGACUGCAAAGCCGGUCAGCAGGACUGCAGCUUGAUAUGCCAGUUGAUAGUGUACCAGUUGCUCACCAUUCCCUUACACCCACCUCAGCUGAUGGUGUUCUCAUAUCACCACUGGCAAUGCUAGCCACAUCCACACCCAGCCCCAGAGGCAUGCAGAAACGCCUGGAGCCUACACCACUCGAACAGCCAGGCGUAUCGCCAAUAGCAGCGCGGGGAAGCUUCUCCGCGGCGGGAAUACGGGGCCUCUUCGGCAGUGAGGAAAGCGAGGAAGAAAGGGAGCCAUCGCCGGCAGCCAGUAGAAAGCCUCCAUCCCUUCGUCGAUCCUCAGGCAGCUCUAGGUUUCUUACAGUUGCCGUCAAGUACCUGUCUGAGGAUGACACUAGCUCAGAGGAUGAUACUCAGCACAUGCCUGUGGUGAUUCGCAGCAGGGGCACUGCAAGCCCCAACACCACUGGCACUGCCGGUGGAGCACAUCAACCGGCCAUGCCCGUCAGCCCGUGCUCCAAGUGUGUUCCGCUGCUACCACCGCCGCAGCAGCUCUCGCCAUCUCUGCUGCACACUGCGCUGCAGACAACAGUUGUUCCAGAGCAGCUGGAACAACCGCCAUCACCUUCCUCUCCCGUGCAGCAUCACUCUCCGAGUGAUACACCCGUGCUUACGGUGCAGUCGUUUUCCUACAAUACCGAUUCCGAUGGUGAGCGGAAACAGAGUGCUUUUGUUGCAGUACCAGCUGAGGAUGUGGUGGCACCAGAGGAGCAGUACGAUCAUGAGUUCAUUGAAAAGAGCGGCAAAGAAAGCACGAGCAAAGCGGCGAGAAUCUGCCGCCGAGACAGUCUGAGUGACAGCAGCGACAGUGAAUUUGAGUAUGACAAUCAGAUGACGAUUGCCGAGGCGCACCAGAGCAUGCAGCGGAUCAAGUCCCACGAACCUAGCAUGCAGACCAAGUCUCCACCCUUGCCAGCUCUGCCACUAGGGUCUAGCACAAUGCCGUCAGUGUAUCACCAACACGAGCAGCAGGUAACUGGACUGGAUGCGACCGAGAGGCCAGAGGUGACACAACCUUUGCACGAUGAUGCUUACCUGAGCGACGAAUCAAGCGACAAUGAAGUUGCAACAAAGCGCGAUCGUUUAAAGUCUGUUCCGCAAUUGCGCAACAGGAGGCAAUCGCUGGAGGGAAUGGUGCUUGAUCCCGAUAUGGACACAAGUCUUCUGUUCUCGCCGAUUUCAACGUUUACUGCCCUACGCCAGUCACAUUCAACUGAAUCUAACCUCUCCAGGGCCAGCGAAGGCAGUGCGGGCAGCCAGGAACAUGCCCCGGCAGUAGCGCCUGAUCGCGCUACUGUAUUUCAGUUUAACGACCACGCCGUGCGCGAUCAUCCAUCACCAGCAGCUGAACAACAAGCAGCAGAGCCACAGUGGCAAGUGUCUGCUGGUAGCUCCGGGACUCGGGCGCCAUUGAAGGUAGUCUGUCACGAUGACUUACCCGCCGAGGAGGAGAGCGAGGAGCAUGACGAUGACAUUGUUCCAUCGCUCCCCAACCCAAUGGAAUGGAGGAGGAAAAUCUCGCCCGCCGAACAGCACCGCAUUUUCCGCAGACUGUCGUCGCCGGAAGAUCCAUCAGAGCGCCUCUACCAAUACGACCUGGGUGGUCAGAGCGUCACAUCGGAGCAAACCAGCGCAACCUGGAAUAGCAGUCAGGGAUCGGAUCGAUUCGUCCGCCCCACCGCCUUCUCCACGCCGAGCUCGCUGAUGGGCAGUCCGACGCAUGGCCGACGACUGCCGCCGCAAGCAGCCGGCCUGACUCGUCAGCAGAGCACACCAGCACACUCCCUGACACGUGACGUGCACACCGAGCAAAAGCUGCGGCGUAUCAGUGACCCGAGUUCCCUGGGUCCAGUUCACCCGCAGCAGUCACUGCGGCCUGUUUUCGUAGCCGGCGGUUUCACAUCUCCCGCCGGUUCCGGAUCAGAUUUACGCCGCAGCUCCAUGGCACCUAGUGCUCCUGCGCCAUUUGUCGAUGAUGUAUUCACCGCGUCUCCUGCUGAUAACAACAUUGCUAGUGAGGCGGCGAGGAAACUCUCUGGCAAUCGUGUCCACAAGGCUAGCUUCACAUCGACCAGUCUUCCGAGGCGGUUACCGUCUAAUGAUAGGGGGGAUGGGGAUACCGAUGCACCGCCAGCCAUGCCGGCACCAGAGCUGGACAGCAGAGUACGCAGUGUGCUCAGCUCUCACUUUAAGAGCCACGCGCCCGGUUUCGUCCCGCUGCGGGCGCAGAUGGACAAGCUGAACCAGCUGCACAGCCAGCCGAGUCGCCGCACGUCGGAGCCAGUGUCACCUGGACCUGUGCCGCGAGCAGCCCAGCACCUGCAUGAUUACUGCAAGUCUGAAGACCUCAUGCGUGAUGAGGUAGCUAGCACAGCUGCACAAUUAGCCCCAGCACCAGCAACGACAGCAAUACCAAUGGCACCGUAUUCAUAUUGGAGCAAGAGAAAUGUUCACACCGAGGACAUGACCCAGAUAGCCGAUGCCCUGGAUCACGUAGCUGCAGCUGAGGAGGAGGAGGAGAGCCAGUUACCUUGGUCCAAGCAGUCGGCAGAGGAGAAACGCAGCAGCUUCUCCAGAAGCAAAACGCACAGCGAUGCGUUCAGCACUGGUUUUGAUAGAAGCGGUGCCGAAGUCCACGCCGGUGAGAAUGAGGAUCGUAAUGCUGAUGACGAUGGUGAUCGAAGAAAGGACCCGCACAGGACAAGUGACAAACUGUCGGCAUUGCGACGCCAAUCAAAGAAUUCUAUACCCAUCAAUGCUAGCGGCGAUGGUGACGAUGAAAACGAAGAUGAUGAUGAUGUCAUCAUCUUGCCGGCAAUAACCCGGGAGCAUUCGAAACAUGGUUCGGUUACCGUGCCAACAUUGGGGGAGCAUUCGAAACGUGGUUCGAUUACCGUGCCACCUCCGGGUGAACGCGGGCAAUCACGGAAACCCAGCCUUCUUGUUGAGCAGCUGGCCUUGGGAGACAGCAGCCAGAACCUUUUGGGAGAAGGCACAGAGCGGCCGAUUCUUAGGCGACGUAGCUCAUGUUCCAGCCUGCCGGAUGGAGUUGAUCGGCCGAAGAUCACACGCCGUUUGUCCUUGACAUCGCUGAACACUGAGGAGAAGGAGAGGAUGGAGGAAGCUGGAGCCACGCUGCAUUUCCUGUUCGAUGACAGCCUGACGGCCAUGCAGAAUGCUGGCUCUGCUAACCGCCUACAUCACCUGCUUUCCCCAAGACUCAGCAAGCAACUGCAUCAAUCCAAACCACGAGUUGCUCUGCCGCCGGCACCAUUGGCAGCUCCCACUACUGCACCAUCUAGCCAGAAGACAAGCCAACGGCAAGGCAAACCGCCGGACCCCACCAGCAAGAAGCGAGUGACGCUUGUUCGGCCGCCAGCCGUUGAAGUAACUGACAGUGGCAUCUCUCCACCGGCGUAUAAUCGUGGUCGAAGCUUGCCCAGCACGUUGGACGGCACUGGGAGACGGAAUCGAGUCCUGGCACGCUGUUCUACGCUGCCUGCCAAGCCACACGGGAACAGUAUUUACCAGCGGACCACUGCCGGUCUUCCACCGUACUUGAAACCGCAGACGCCUGACGACAUUUUGCACAACCUGGGCUUCUCCGGUCACUGGGAGGACACGGUACCGGUGCUGCCUAUGCGGUACUUGCCCGACGAAGUGAUGUAUCGCCUGAAAGGCAUGCGACAGGAGGGUGAGGAGAUGCUCAUCAUGGUGGGCGAGAUGUCUGACCGGCUGGAGGGCGUGCCCAUAUGCUUCAAGGCCCAGGUGGUGAGCCAUGCGCGCGUGUCCCGCGACAUGCGACUGUACGUGACCAACGUCAGCAAUCAGUUCCAGGUGCUGCAGACGCAGCGAGCCACACUGAAGCGAAGCCGCACCGCAGUGUCACCAUCGAUAACCACCAUGGACUUGCUGUUCGGGGAUCUGGGCACGCUGUCUCGCAACCACAGUAUGAUGAGCCAGAUGUUGGAUGAGAUGUCGGAUGGAGACAGCGAGUACCUGAUGUCGACCGACGAGGAAGACUCUGACCAACAGUCCAGCAGCAGCAGCAGCAGCAGUAGCAGUGGUGAGGGCGAUGACCCAGUGCAUCGACGUGAAAGCAAGCGAUUCUUUGCUCACCGAAUGGUGGCUGCCCAGAAGCCCUCAUCCGUAUCAACAUGCGCUCUUGUUGAUGACGAGCCAGAAGAGUUUGCCAAGGUAGUCACCCCGAGCAGCGCCGUCGAACAACCGUUAUCGAAAACACCGCUCCGCAAAGCACGACCAGUGCACCGUCUGCAGUCACUGGCUGAGAUAUCGUGCGAGAGUGCAGACAGCAAGGAUAGUGAUGGUCAGCCAGAUCAGGCACUGAAGCGAAUACAAGAACACCACCGCCAGCAGCAACAGCAACAGCAGGAGCAGAAGCAGCACCAGCAACUGCAACAUCAGCAGCAGCAGCAGCACCAGCAGCCGCAGCAGCAGCAGCAGCACCACUACCACCACCAGCAGCAGCAGCAGCAGCACCAGCAGCAGCAUAGCCUUCAUCAGCGAACGGUGGCUGCUAGCUCUGAUCCUGAUGUCAGUCUGACUUUGGCCGAUGUUAUGCACCCUCCACUGCUUUUCAGUCCCUUGCACAAUGCUGCAGUGUGGGAUCCACAGCAGCCACCACAGCAGCAGAGAAGGCUGGAUUUCAUCAGAUCCCAUUCCUUGUCUUCAUCAAGACCGUCUGAUUCUAGAGACUUGAGCGGCAAUACGGAAAGCAUUGUCGUCACUGCAGACCUACCUGGCUCUACGCGCAACAGCCAGACGUCCUGGCAACGAAACCAAGCAUCCGCAGAAUUAACUGGUCCUGGUUUGCGACAUGCCUCCGCCACCGUUACGAGCUGUGACAGAGACGGCGGGGAGUAUGAUGAUGGUGAGCAAGAGAAGGAGGCAGCGGCACUGCGGUUGCCCACACACCCCGACCCCGUACACGCGGGGCAUGAUGCAGCCAGUAGCAAGCUGGGAGCAAACAGCGAUGAUCUACCAGCCGGUGCUGUAAUCAAUAUUGUCGGCCCACCUUCCCCUGACGACCCACGGGGUCAAGUGUCGGCAUUGAUGCCCCCACCAGAUGACGUACAGCGUUCAAAAUCGCUGGACCGUGUUUGGAAUCACUCUGCAUCAUCACCCCCUGUUGGCAGUGGCGGCGGUGUUUGGAAUCACUCUGCAUCAUCACCCCCUGUUGGCAGUGGCAGUGGCGGUGGCAGCAGCAGCAACACCGCUGGCGGUACUUACCUGCAACCUUCAAGCACCGUUGAUCGUUCGUUCGAGAGCCUCUCCCGCACGCCGUCCAACGAGAGUAGCAGCGCCGAGCGCGGCACCCAGCUGCUACAGAUCGUCUACUUGAACUCUGCGUCUGCCGCCUCCAGAAAGAGUUCCAGCUCUUCCAGCACCAGCUGUGCGUGUCAGCCCAGUCCUCUCCCAUCGCCGAAGACCUCGCUUGCACCUGCUAAAACCGUUGCAAAUCAAGGCGGGCUGGUGGUACAGGCGGCCGAGACGCCAGCGUCGAUAGAGAUCCGCAUUCAGCGUGCAAGUCCCACGCAAGAUCUGCUGGUCAGUGAGACCCACUGGAAGAGUAGCAGUGAUAGCGACAUCAUCGAUGAAGAGUCAUCGGAUUACGACACGUCGUCAUACUCUAGUAGCAGCAGUGGCAGUGGCAGUGAUAAUGAUGAUGACGACGAUGGUGGUGACAGCAGUGAGGACGGAUCUGUCAGUCAGAACGAGGGUGAUGAGGAGCACUCCAAGUCUGAUGAAACGAAUACUGUAUUGCCACGUGAUGUGCCUGAACCAACUGCGAGUACUGCAGAAAAUGCACACAUGUCUAUUGAACCGCGCAAACAGCAUGUGCAGACGGACACCUGCUUGUCACCAGAUACGGAGCGGACUCCGUUCCCCCGUGAAUAUGUCGACGGUGGUAUGGCUGAAGCGUCAGCAUCCAUGCUAGUAUCUCCGCAGCAGCAAGCACUACCCCCAGCACCACACUUAGACCGGGUGGUGGACAGUGGUGACAGUGUCGGCGGCGGUAGCAAUGAAGAGGAGAGCGAUUACGAUGAAGUUCUUCCACCGGAUUGGCUACAGUACAAGCCCGGGGAAAUCCCUAAAAUUCCCCGUAGCUCUCUAGAAUAUAUUAGCAGUAGCGACAGUGAUACCAAUGAUGCAGGCCUGGCUGCCACAGCUGGCCAACACCACGGCGGAAGCGUACCGGGUGUGAAGCAUGGCCCAACGCAAGCGUAUCAGUCGUUUGGCCGGCGCAUUCACUCCACCCGGCCCACCGCCAUACGCACUCGUACGCCCUCGCUGAGCGACAUCAAUGUCAACGUGGGCCUGGGCAGUCUGGUGGUGACGGAGCCCGAGCAACCACGGGACGAGCACCACCACCAGUGGUCCAGACAGUACCCUGCACUCAGUUUUGACAGCAACGAUCCACCGGCUGUGGACGUGCUGCAACAGCUGCAUUCCAGCCUUGUUGCCGAUCCACACCAGCAUGAUUCCGUGGAUUCAGACACAGCCGGCAGAGAUAAGAAUCAGCCACUCUCACCGGACACCCACGGCAGCAGCCUACUAUCACCACCAACAGUGACGGUGGGGCAAGGAGUAGGCGGCCGCAAAAUAAGUGCUUACGAGGCGCCAGUUGGAGUCUCGGAGCAGCAGCUUCGACCCGUCAUGCACCAUCAUCGUGCUGUGUCACCGCAGCAUCGCGCCGUUCUGCAUCCGGGAUUUGCUAGUUGUGAAGACAGUGACGAUAGUCAUUAUCUGAGUUGUCGCUCAAGGGCAAAUUCUCCCAGACUGGAAAGGGCAAGCGAUGCUAGCUGGAUGACGGGUGAUGUAGGUCAAGUGGAUUCAGAGCUUGCACAGCGCAAGGCAGAGCUACGUGAUGUCAUCGAUGACAUAAACGAUAAGUCACAGGCAUCCAGUGAGCUCAGGACGGAGCUGGCCAGGCUUCGGCAGGAACGUGAUUGCUUGGAUAUCGGUGUGAGUAGAUUACAUGUGUCACCAAGGCGGCUACAUGAGCAAGAAUCACCCCGGCCGCCGGCUGACAGUGAUGCUGUACAAUCAACGUCGGACCCACACAGCUCUUUCUCAUCACCAACACCGCAAGCCAGCGCCCUCCGACAAGAGAUCCUAUCUCUGCAGGCCGAACGCAAUGAGUUGCGUUUGCACAUUGACCGUCUGGAGGAGAGCAGCCGAGAAUCAGACCUGGAACAACAGCAGACACGAGCUGAGCACAAUGCUCUGCUCGAUAGGGUCAAUGGAGAGUUUGAAAUGGAGCGUCGCAGCCUGAAGGAUGACAUAAACAGCUUGAAGAAGGAGAUUGACAAUUCACGGAAGCUCCUGAGGGACGCCCGUCGCGAAAAGGAAGAUGCAGUUGGCCGUGCCAAGGAAGACGCCAGGGCUCAAAAGCAGCAGGAACUGGACGCCAUGAAGCAGAAACUGAUCACGGAUCGGGCUGUGGAUGCCGAGAGGGUGAGAGAACGCGAAGGACGCCAUGUGCUGGAUGUACAAAGUCAGCUUGCCAACAAGCAGAAGGAGAUGGACCUGCUCAACAGCAAACUGCAGAGUCGCGAAGAAGCCAGCGUGGCGCUCUCCGCCCAGGUUAGACAGCUCAAGAAGGCCAACGAGGCGGCAACCAAUAGGCAGCUGGAGAUGGUCGAGUCGGAGAAGCACAGUCUACAGAAUGCCAUGCGCAGAGAGAAAGCAGCGGCGAUUGGCAAGCUUCAGGAGACGAUGAAGGCGGAAAAGCAGAGGGAGCUGCAAGAGCAAUCUGAGCGUCUGCACCAGGAGAAGCAGACGGCCGUGACGCGUGCGGAGAAGAAGCUAGCCAGCCAGAUUGACGAGCUGUCCAAGGCUGGUCGCCUCAAGGACGAGGAGCUUAAGUCGACGCGUGCACUGCUACGGGAACAAGAGGAAGCUACUCGCGCGCUGGGAGAAAAGAUGAGAAUGCAAGCCAGAGUGCAGGUGAAGACGGCAGUGGACAAGGAGAGAGAGAAGUGCGGCGCUGAGUUUGAGCGGGAGAGGAAGAAGCUGCGCGAGCAGCACAACGAGGAGCUGCAGCGGCUGACCGGCAAGUCCAAAGACGACGGCGAGCGGCACAAGCAGAAGCUCGGCAACCUGCAGGCGGCUCUCGUGGCAACGAAACAGGAGCUCGAGGAUCAGAAGACCGUGUUGAAGCAGAGCCAGCGUGAACGCCAGACAGCCAUCAACAAAGCUAAAGACUUUGCCCGUCAGGAGAGCAAGCAGGAGCUGGCCAAGCUGAAGCAUUCCCUCGAGCAGGAUGCCAGCAAUCAACGUGAACAGCUGUCCAAUCGCAAUGCCCAGCUGGAGAUGGAAGUCAAGAAUAUCCGUGCAAAGGAAUGCACUGCCGCUGCUAGUGUUAAGGAGGUACAGCGUAAGCUAGAUGAUCUGGAACGACUGGUGGUGACGGAGGUGUUGGAUGAAUGUCGACGCAUCUCUCUGGCAUGUGCAGUUAGUCCCGCUCUGCGGAGGAAAACACCCGCCGACAAAGGUGGUGGUAGUGGUGAGGAUGUGACUGCAAAGCAGGAGAAGAGCUGCAUCUCAGCCAGACAUGCACUGACAUCACUCCGGCAGUCCGGUAUGGAUGUGCGACAGUGCGUGUCCGACCUGCGUGGUGACCUGGAGCGCGAGAAGCAGGUGUUACAGCGUGUCAAGAAGGACAAGGUGCAUGAGAUCAGCCAAGCGAAGGACCAGCAGAUCAAACAGACUGCAACAGACCUGGAGAAGCUACGCGCAAAGCUUGCCAGGGAGCACGCAGCCGAGAAGGCUGAGCUAGAGAAGGUGCUGAGUCGAAAGUUUGAUCAGCGGCUGGCGCGUGCCACGGAGAGUAUAGGAACUGAGCAAAAACAACGCGUGCAAGCUAUGCAGAAGAACUAUGACGAGGAGCAGAGAAGCAAGCGUGAGCGAAUGUCUGACGAUGUAUCGAUAGAAGUGGAAAAGAGAGUGAGUGAUCUGAUGAAGAAAGCCAAGCUUCAGCACCAGAAGGAAAUCCAGAACUAUGUGCGUGAGAUCGAUCACCUAAAUCGACAGCUACGACAAUCACCCCUGCCACGCUCCAGCUCAUCACAGUCGCUGGGUAGUGGCGGGUCCAGGCGACUACCCAGGUCGCAUUCUCACAACUCUGGCCUCAACAAACCACAAACACCCGGCGCAGGCGCAGGCACAAAAACAGCAGCAGCAGAAGCAGCGGCAGCAUCGGCGACGUCGCCGGAGACUCCCACUCAGACUGCACGCUCGCGCAGCUCCAGCCUGCACCGCAGCGGACACAGCACCGGAUCGCUGGAGAGAAGGUCACGCAGGCGCGACCUCUCCGAGCCACGCCAGGCAGUGGUGACAACACCAACAACAUCAUCGGCGGAGACCACUGGUAGUUCCGCCACCACCACUGCCACUGCUACUACCCCACCGCCGGCAAGAAAAACCAGCAGUGGCCGACGAGAGCUGCCUAAGAUUCCUACAGCUUCUUCAGCCACAUCGGCAGUUACUACACCCACUCAGGCGUUGACUUUGUAUUCCACACCCGACACCACUGUGCCGCCGUCGUCGUCGUCUUCGUCAUCUUCAGCUGCAGCACGGGACGGCGACAAGCUGGACAAGGCGUUUGACCUGAUCAAGAAACUCCAGCAGCGAAACAAGAAGCUCAAUCGCGAGAAUCAACGCCUGGCGGAGUCCGUCGCCAUCGCUGACUCUAGUUCUCAGCAGCUGCUGGUUGCUAGCGGCGGCAAUGACAAUGACGGUGGAAACACCAGCAGCACAACUGUGGUUGCCCGUGAGGACGUUGCCAGGGUAGCAGAGCUUGAAGCAGCUGUGCAGAGAUACCAGAGCUUGUUGGAUGCUAAGAUGACAGAGCUGACUGACUCGCAGGAGCAGAACCACAAAUAUGCCGAGAUUCAGCUGCAGUUGGAGCAACAGCUCAAUGCAUUCUACACGGAGGCAGAGAACUGAGCAGCUCGUCUUGCGCUCAAGACCGCCAACAACCAACACGUCCACAAAGGUGUUGAUAAUUAUUGUCAGCUCAUCAUGAUAGAAGAAGACCAACAUAUUUUUUUAAUUUUAAUUUUGUUUACGUUUGUCACAAUCUUUGCUAACUCCAUGAUAACCCGUUAACUUGCCAUGGAAAAAAUAGAUUGCGAACGGAUGCUGCAAAUGCUGCAAAUGCUGCAAUUGAGUAUGAACUGUUUGUGUUGUGACUAAUUACGUGUAAUCCUAUCGCGUUCCAUUCCAGAACUUCUUUUUAGACUUUACGUGAGUGGCCGUGCAUAAACACCCACCAAUUCUACAGUCGUAUUGGCUGUGUGGCCUAGACUCUUUGCUGCGCGCAUGCAGCAUCUACACUCGACCCGAUAGCCGUGACGACGCGCCACAUUAGAACCAAACCCUGCAGCAGCUGAGUGCAGGUGCCGCUCUGCACGCCCUCCCGGCCGCGACAGGCGCUUGAUCUGUGUGUAGGACCUUGCUGUACCGCCACAUCCCAGUGCAUAGCCUGGCAAGGCCAGGGCAUUUCCAAGCAAAUUAUAUAAAAAAAACCCGCUUUCAGUCCAGAUCUAUUCCCAGUAUACGAAUGUACUACACUCUACAGUUGAACGCAGUCCAUAAGGAAACUAGAGAACUCAAUAAUAUAAUAUAUGUACUCCGUCCGUGUUCAUGAUCCUGGUGUGAGUGUAGACCUGUGUUGCGUGAUAACGGGCCGGUGAUCCGCUCGGAGAUUCUUUCUUUUUUUUGUGUUUCCCACGUGUCAAUCCUGUUUUUCUGUGUCUUUUUGCCAACAUUUGAUCAAUGCUGCUUUCGGUGUUUAUACUGCUCAAAUGAUAAUGAUAAUGAUUAUUAUUUUCUAUUCCGGCCAGAUUGUGUUGUGCUUAUCAUUUUAAAAUCAGAUUUUCUAUGA